AUGCCCACCACGGAGAAGGACCUGGCGGCGGACGCGCCGUGGAAGAAAAUCCAGCAGAACACCUUCACGCGCUGGAUCAACGAGCACCUCAAGUGCGUCAAUAAGCGGAUCGUGGACCUGCAGCUGGACCUGGGCGACGGCCUGCGGCUCAUCGCCCUUCUGGAGGUCCUCAGCCACCAGAAGAUGCACCGCCGUUUCCACCCCAGGCCCAACUUCAGGCAGAUGAAGUUGGAGAACGUCUCGGUGGCGUUGGAGUUCCUGGACAACGAGAACAUUAGGCUCGUUUCCAUCGAUUCCAAAGCCAUCGUGGACGGGAACCUGAAGCUGAUCCUGGGUCUGGUCUGGACCCUCAUCUUGCACUACUCCAUAUCCAUGCCCAUGUUGGAGGGUGGCGACGAAGAGACCGAGUCCAAGACACCCAAGCAGCGUCUGCUGGGCUGGAUCCAGAACAAGGUCCCCGACAUGCCCAUCACCAACUUCAGCCAAGACUGGAGGACCGGGAAAGCGCUGGGGGCGCUCGUUGACGGAUGUGCGCCAGGCCUGUGUCCCGACUGGGAGACGUGGGAUCCAGUGAAGCCGGUGGAGAACGCCACAGAAGCCAUGCAAUUGGCCGACGAUUGGCUGGGCAUCCCUCAGGUGAUCACCCCAGAGGAAAUCAUCGACCCUCAGGUGGACGAAAUGUCGGUGAUGACGUACUUAUCUCAGUUCCCGAAAGCCAAACUCAAGCCCGGAGCGCCACUCAAGCCCAAACUCAACCCCAAGAAGGCCCGAGCCUACGGACCCGGUAUCGAACCGACGGGCAACCGGGUGCGCCGUCCCGCCAACUUCACGGUAGACACGUUCAGCGCCGGCCAGGGUCAGGUGACCGUCUAUCUAGACCAACCGGACGGCACUAGACAAGAGCUGAAGGUCGAGCCCAACGACGCGAAAAAGACGUACGCCGUCUCGUACGUGCCUCAAGUAGUGGGAACCCACAAGGUGACGGUGUUGUUUGCGGGCCAGCCCAUCCCGAAGAGUCCCUUCGAGGUGGGCGUGGACAAAGCGGUGGCCGACGCCUCCAAGGUGACGGUCAAAGGGCCGGGAAUCGAACCCGUGGGCGUGGUCGCUAACAAGCCCGCCUACUUUGACAUCUACACAGCAGGAGCCGGAAACGGAGACGUGACGGUGGUGAUCAGAGACCCGCAGGGCCGAGACAACUGCGUGGAGGCCAUGAUGGAGGACAAGGGCGACGGCGUCUUCCGAUGCACUUACAGGCCCACGCAGGCUGGGCCACACUCGCUCGUCGUCACCUUCGGGGGCGCUGCUGUACCCAAGAGCCCCUUCGCCGUAGAGGUGGCGCAAGCGUGCUUGCCAGGUGCGUGCAGAGUAGCGGGUCGAGGUCUGCAGGCGACGGGUAUGAGGGUGCAACAAGUGGGCGACUUCAAGGUGGACACCAGAAACGCCGGCACCGGAGAACUGAAGGUUGUCGUCAAAGACCCCAAGGGUAAUGAGGCCAGCGUGAAGCAGGUUUCCAGUCAGGACAAAGUGCACGCGUUCGAGUAUUAUCCACUCAGCCCUGGCAAAUACACUAUCUCCAUCACCUGGGCCGGGCAGCAUAUCCCCAAGAGUCCUUUUGAAGUGGUCGUGGGUCCGGAGCCGGAACCUCAGCAGAUCCGGGCGUGGGGUCCCGGGCUGGAAGGGGGCAUCGUGGCUAAACCUGCCGUCUUUGUAGUGGAGUCUGUGGGCAGCGACGUCGGAGUCCUCGGCUUUGCCAUCGAGGGUCCGUCCCAGGCCAAGAUCGAGUGCGAGGACCAGAACGACGGCUCCUGCGACGUCCGCUACUGGCCCACCGAACCCGGAGAGUACGCCGUCCACGUCACCUGCGACGACGACGACAUCGAGCACAGCCCCUUCAUGGCCUACAUCCAGCCGGACCGACACAGCAACCACCCAGACAAGGUUCAAGCAUUCGGGCCCGGGCUGGAGAUGAACGGCUGUCUGGUCAACCAGCCUACAGAGUUCACUGUCAAUGCUAAGGAUGCUGGGAACGGACCACUCAGGAUCAUGGCGCAGGACGCUGAGGGUCUCCCCAUGGACGUGAAGGUGCGCAGCAAAGGCGAGGGGCAGUACUUGUGCUCCUACACGCCCACCUCGGCUCAAAAGCACACCCUGGCCGUGGCCUGGGGAGGAGUCAACAUCCCCGGGAGCCCUUACAGGGUAAACAUUGGUAAAGGCAGCCAUCCGAACCAAGUUGUAGUUUCCGGUCCAGGAGUGGAGAAGACUGGACCCAAAGCUCACGAGCCCACGCAUUUCACCAUCGACUGUUCCGGAGCAGGAGAUGGCGACGUUAGCGUGGGCAUCAAGUGUCACGGCACCUUGGUGGGAGACCGCGAAGCCGACGUGGAUUUUGACAUCAUCCCCAACGCCAACGACACCUUUACUGUCAAGUACAUACCGCCUGCCGCGGGGCAGCUCACCGUCAAAGUCCUCUUCACUGACAAGGAAGUUCCGCACAGUCCUUUCCUGGUAAAUGUAGACCCCUCCCACGACGCGGGAAAAGUCAAAGCCGAGGGUCCCGGAUUGGCCCCCACGGGAGUGGAGAGCGGAAUACCGACUCACUUCACGGUCCUUACCAAAGGAGCGGGGAAGGCGCCACUGGAUGUUACAUUCUCAUCUCCUGUCAAAAAUUUCGACAUCAUCGACAACUACGAUUAUUCGCACACCAUCAAGUACACGCCGGUCAUCCCGGGCCCAAUCAGCAUCGCGGUGACGUUCGGCGACGAUCCUAUUGCAAAGAGCCCUUUCACAGUGGCUGUGGCCGAACCCCUCAACCUCAAUAAAGUGGGCGUGGACAACUUGGAUGGACGUGUGGAGGUGGGACAAGAGCAACUCUUCGUGAUUGACACUAAGGGAGCGGGUGGCCAAGGACGCCUGGAGGUUGAGGUGCUGAGUCCCACCCAGCGUUCAGUGCCGUGCAAUAUGGAGACACAACCUGGAAAAGCCCAGGUGCGCUACACUCCCACGGAAGAGGGGGUCUACACUGUCAACGUGUCCUACGAUGGAUACCCCAUCCCUGGAAGCCCCUUUCCCGUGGAGGGCCUGCUGCCGCCGGAUCCCAGCAAGGUGAAGGCUCACGGUCCGGGUCUGGAGGGAGGUUUGGUGGGGCAGCAAGCCGAGUUCACCAUCGACACCAAAGGGGCCGGCACGGGCGGUUUGGGUCUGACGGUGGAGGGACCCACCGAGGCCAAGAUCGAAUGCUCGGAUAACGGGGACGGCACUUGUUCCGUGUCCUACCUGCCCACGGAACCCGGAGAGUACCUGGUUAACAUUCAGUUCGAGGAAGUACACAUCCCGGGCUCGCCAUUCCGAGCCGACAUUCACAUGCCUUUGGAUCCUAGCAAGGUGGUGGCAACUGGGGCGGGCUUGACCAAGGCCAAGGUAGGGGAAGCGAGCGUGCUCGAUGUGAACUGUUCUCGCGCUGGACAAGGUCAGCUCACUCUGGAGGCCAUUCCAGACCCGUCUUCUGCAUCUGCACCUGCAGGUGUGAAAGCAAAGACGGACGUGGUGGACAACAAAGACGGCACGUACACGAUCACCUACGUUCCCCUGACGCCGGGUACGUACACGCUGAUGCUUAAGUACGGAGGCAAGACCGUCCCUGGUUUCCCCGCCAAGGUGACGGCAGUCCCGGCCGUUGACGUCUCCAAAAUCAAAGUGUCCGGACAAGGCGUGAACAGACAAGGCGUUUUUAGAGAAGCCACCACUUCGUUCGUAGUGGACGCUCGUCCCUUAGGCCGGCAGGGUGGAAACCGCGUGGACGCGGAAGUCAGGAACCCCUCCGGGGAGUUGACGGACUGCCUGGUCAAGGACCAGAAGGACGGGACCUACAACGUUGAAUACACGCCUUACGAGAACGGCGAGCACAGCGUUCAGGUUCUCUACGAAGACACGCCGGUUCUGAAAAGCCCGGCCAGGGUUUUCGUGUCCGACGGCUGCGACCCCAGCAGGGUGGUGGCCACGGGGCCAGGGCUGCAGAAGGGCCUGACCCUUAAGACCAACUCCUUUGACAUAAUUACCAGGGGGGCGGGCACCGGCGGCCUGGGCAUCACGGUGGAGGGUCCGUCCGAGUCCAAGAUGGCGUGCAAAGACAACAAAGACGGCAGCUGCAGCGUGGACUACGUUCCCUUCACGCCGGGAGUCUACGACAUCAACAUAAUCUACGGAGGGGAGCACAUUGCCGGAAGUCCUUUCAAGGUCCCUGUAGAGGACGUUAUUGACCCCAGUAUGGUGAAAGUGUCCGGCCCGGGUCUGUCCACGGGCGUCCGGGCUCACAUCCCGCAAGUGUUCACGGUGGACUGCGCUAAGGCGGGCUCGGCACCGCUGGCCGUCACCGUCAAGGGCCCCAAAGGAUUGUCGGAACACGUGGACGUGUCGGACAAUGGCGAUGGCACCCACACAGUUACCUACACGCCCUCCGUGGAGGGACUCCACUCCGUUGCCGUACAGUACGGACAACAGGACAUCCCUAAAAGCCCGUUCCACGUUCGGGUACUCCCUACUCACGAUGCCAGUAAAGUACGAGCAAGCGGACCUGGACUGACCAGAGAGGUUCUGGCUAGCUUCCCCGUGGAAUUCAACAUUGAUGCAAAGCAAGCGGGACAGGGACAACUGAGCGUGCUCAUCACAGACCAGGACGGCAAACCCAAGCUGCCCACCAUCCAGGACAACGGCGACGACACGUACAAGGUGUCUUACAUACCCGACCGCGCCGGCCGCUACACUAUCGUCAUCAAGUACGGUGGCGACGACAUCCUGGACUCGCCUUACCGAGUCCAGGCCACGGCGACGGGAGACGCUAGCAAGUGCAUGACAACUGGGCCCAAAGUUGGUGCCGGAGGGGGCCCUGACCAGGAGCUGUUCCUCCCGGUUAACGCCAAGAGUGCGGGCAAAGGCAAGGUGAACUGCGUGGUGGUGCAGCCCAACGGCAGCGAGGUGGACGCCGAGGUGACCGACAACGACGACGGAACCUUCGACGUUUUCUGCACCCUCCCGGAGCCUGGCGAUUACGUGGUUUUCGUCCGUUUCGGGGGCGAGAACAUUCCCGGAAGUCCCUUCAAGGUUACGGUACGAAGAGAGGCUUUUACGCUUUAUAUAGCGCACGCCAGCGUCAACGGUAGCGGCUUCAGACCCUUCCACAUGCUCAUACCGUUUUCCUUCAAGAGGGGGCAAGUCACAGGCGACGUUCUGAUGCCUUCAGGGAAGUCUGCUCAACCGCUGAUCACGGACAACCUGGACGGGACGGUGACAGUCCAGUACUCCCCAACUGAGGCUGGCCUGCACGAGAUGCACAUUAAAUACAACGGGGCACACAUUCCUGAGUCGCCUCUCCAGUUCUACGUGAACCGCUCCGCUAGCCCCAGCGUGACGGCUUACGGUGCGGGUCUCAGCUACGGCGUAGCCAACAAGACGGCGGCCUUCACUGUCAACACGGAGGACGCGGUUGAAGGUGGCCUGGACUUAGCCAUCGAGGGUCCAUCCAAAGCGGAGAUCAGCUGCGUGGACAACAAGGACGGCACGUGUAGCGUCAGCUACCUCCCCACACUGCCGGGAGAUUACAACAUCCUGGUCAAGUACAAUGACAAGCACAUCGCCGGCAGCCCCUUCACCGCGAGGAUCACUGAGGACAAACAACGUCGUUCUCAGGUGAAACUGGGCUCGGCGGCCGACUUCUUCCUGAACAUCAACGAGACGGACCUGAGUCUCCUGCACGCCAGCAUCGCGGCGCCGUCCGGCCGCGAGGAGCCCUGCCUACUCAAGAGGAUGUCCAACAACCACGUGGGCGUCUCCUUCAUCCCCCGCGAGGUCGGCGAGCACUGGGUCAGCAUCACCAAGAACGAACGCCACGUGGCCAACAGCCCCAUCGCCAUCACCAUCAUCCAGUCCGAGAUCGGCGACGCCACCCGCGUCAGGGCGCACGGUGACGGCUUGGUGCGGGGGACCACUUUUUCCGAAGCCAGCUUCGUGGUGGAUACGCGCGAGGCCGGUUACGGCGGGCUGGCGCUGGCUGUGGAAGGUCCCAGUAAGGUGGACAUCCAAACGGAGGACGUGGAGGACGGGACCUGCCGCGUCGCGUACUGUCCCACCGAGCCCGGAAAUUACAUCGUCUCUAUUCGAUUCUCGGAAAAGCACAUCACAGGAAGUCCAUUCACGGUGCAGGUGACGGGAGAGGGCCGCAUCCGGGAGAGCAUCACGCGCAAACAGAGGGCGGCGCCUGUCGCGGGCGUCGGCAGCCUGUGCGACCUCAGCCUCAAGAUACCAGCCCUGGACAUGCGCGACGUCACGGCCGAGGUCACGUGUCCGUCGGGCGCAACUCAAUCCGCCCAACUGGUGGCCGCGGGCGACGACACCUACUGCGUGCAGUUCGUGCCCACCGAGGUGGGCGUGCACAGGGUGAGCGUCAGGUACCGCGGCGCCCACGUGCCGGGAAGUCCCUUCCAGUUUACCGUGGGACCGCUGGGUGAGGGCGGCGCCGCCAAGGUCAAAGCCGGAGGCCCCGGAUUGGAGAGAGCGCUGGUCGGAGAACCGGCCGAGUUCAGUAUCUGGACCAGAGAGGCCGGCGCCGGGGGUCUGUCCGUGGCGGUGGAGGGUCCCAGCAGGGCCGAGAUCUCCUUUGACGACCGCAAAGACGGAUCCUGCGGCGUCUCUUACGUUGCGCAAGAGCCUGGCGACUACGAGAUCGCCGUCAAAUUCAACGACCAGCACAUCCCGGAUAGCCCUUACUUGGUCCCCGUGGCGUUCCGCAGCAACAAUGCCCAUUGCCUAAACAUCACCGGACUUCAAAAGUCUGGUCUGAAAGUGAAUCAGCCCACGUCCUUCACCAUAUCGAUGGAAGGAGCCCCGGGGAAACCGGAGGCCAAGGUCACCGGCCCCUUUGGUGUUGAAGAGGAAUGCACCGUCACACACAUGGAAAAAGACAAGUACUCGAUCCGCUUCGUCCCCCGGGAGCGCGGACUCCACACGGUGGACGUCAAGGCGGGCCCUCACGGCCGUACCGCUUCCUUCACCGUUAAUGUGGGGGCGCUGGAGCACGCCGCGGGAGAAGGCGGGCAGGUCUCCGUAUACGGCGCUGGACUGGAGAGAGGCACCACAGGCGUCCAGUCUGAAUUCUUCAUCACCAACGUGUCGUCGGGCCGCGUGGCAGUAACGGUGGAGGGUCCGUCCAAGGUCCAGAUGGAGUGCCUGGAGGUGGAGGAGGGCUACAAGGUGCUCUACACGCCCAUGGCGCCUGGGAGCUACGUGGUCUCCAUCAAGUACGGCGGCCCGCAUCAUAUCGCCGGCAGCCCCUUCGUGGCCAAAGUGACCGACGGCCGUUUGACGCGGCCUCGUCUUUCAGGUUCCCCUCUGGUCAACGUGACGGACGGCAGCGUGUCAUCCACGCUGACGCUGGGAGCGGCACGAGAGAUGUCGGACGCCAGUAAGGUGCUUAGUCGGGGAGCGGGACUCAGCAAGGCUUACGUGGGCCAAAAGAGCAGCUUCUCAGUGGAUUGCAGUAAAGCAGGCAAAAACAUGCUGGUGGUGGGCGUGCACGGUCCACAGGUUCCCUGCGAGGAGGUCUUGAUCAAGCACCUGGGUGAUCUCCACUACAAUGUUAGCUACGUGCUCCGCGAGCGCGGCGACUACGUUCUGGUGGUCAAGUGGGGCGACGACCACAUCCCCGGCUCGCCCUUCCACGUCACCGUUCCCUGA